ACGUGAAUAUUUAUUUUCUUUAAACUGAUUUUUGGUCUCAAGACAUUCAUUUUAGCAUUUUUAAUCGCUUAAAUAUUCUGUAUAGAAGCAUUGCUUCGUUUAUGCAUUGGAAAUUUUAGAUACAAUUUUUUGAAUCUUUAGAUAUAAUGAACGAAAUUAUUUCUUUCAUUUAACAUGUAUAUUUAAAAUUAGUUUCGGAAUUCUGAAUAUUCCUUAAUAAGUCUCAAAUUUUAAAUAUAAGUUAAUUUUAAGGUUUUUUACGCAAAUAAUCACGCAUGACUACUCUAAGUGGUACUGAUUCAGUUUUUAUUGAACGAUUUUUAAGUGCUUUUAAAACCAUUGGAGGAAAUGAUCUUGGUUUUAUCGAUUACAAUGUAUUUAAAAACCUUUUGAACAAGAUAAGUGGUGCUGACGGAAAUGCUAUUUUGAAUUUAAUUGCUGACGAACAACAUGUCCGUGAGGGACAGCUAGAUUUCAUCAGUUUAUGCUUUUCAAUUUUGACUUUCAAAACUGUUUUUAAUUCAUUUUCGUCUGAGAACGGAAAAGUUCAACUUGUAAAUUCUGGAGUCAAUACUCAAACCUACGUUAAAAAUAAAGGCACAAGUAAUCAUGGUAAUAUUCAUUCAACUAAUGUAGCUGGUUUAAAUGCGGAGGCACAUUUUACAAAAUCUGUUAAAGGCAUACUGUUUUAUAAAAACGGGGAUCAACUUGGCUACCGAUAUCAGCUUGAAGUUUUAGAAAACUCUCUGGUAGAAAUCUUUGCUAAAAGUAUAAUUGAUGGAAGUAAGAAAUACUAUCACCAUUUUAAUUUCAUAUAUUUACUUGCUAUAUAUUAUGCAUGUCCGGAUAGCAAAAUACCUAUAGAGAUUUUGGUAUUUCAAGAUGGGAAGAAGAAAUUGUUUGUUUCCUCCUCAUCAGUCAUUAAUGAAAGUGGUUACUGCUCCGUGAAGCUUCAAUUAAAGAAAGGAAAAUACGUUUUAAUUCCCAUUCUUCAAAAGUGGGACCAGAUAUCCGAUAACAUAUCUUACCUUCAGGAUGCAAAUCUUCUGAUGCAGCGUAAUGAAGAUUCUAAUCCAGAAUUCUCUCUUCCGUGUGAAAAUGCUUUGAGAAAAGUGUUUGAAGCCAUUGAUGUCGAUGGAAAUGGCCUCUUAAAUCAACUGGAGUUUGAUUUAUUUAUUCGUUAUACUUCUGGGGAAACAGCGGCUGAAGAAUGGACCACUGUUGAAGAUAAUUUUAAAAUGCAAAAUGGUCAGCUUACCUUUGAUGGUUUCUUGGAACUUUACAGAUUAGUCUUACAAUCAGACCCUCCUGAUCUUUUAAAUAUGUUUCAGCAAAUGGGUAUAAAUGAUGAAUUUGAACUGAAAAAUGUUCAACAAUUUGCACUUGUUGUAAAAUCUGAGACAGCCAAAUUCCACCUGACUCCUUUACCAAUUUCUUCUUAUUUGGAAGUGUCUGAAAAAGUUUUGAAGAAAUCAGCCGUUGAACAGGGUGUGUCUUCAAAAAUAAAAGAAAUGAAUGACUUGUUUCUUUUCAAACACAUUUUACCCCAUAGAGUUACUCUAGUCAUCCAAAAUCAGUCACAUAGCAAAGUGAUGGUGAAUCUAGAUUGCAGUGAUAGCGUUAACUGUGAGAGUCACAGGAAAAACCUAAGUUAUUCUGCUGAAGUAACUCCAAGAACAAGCAAGAUUGUUCAUCAUCUGUUUCCAAUUGAUGUAAACAAAGAUUGGAAUGUAGACUAUAAAGAAUCAUUUAAAACUGACUUAAAAUAAAAUGUACAAAACUA